AUGGAAGUAGGGGACGGGCUUAGAGUGACAGCGCUAUACGUGGCGGCUACAACUGGGGACGAGGCUGCGGCGCAGAUACUGCUUAAGAAUGGGGCGGACAUUGAGGCGAAAAUUAAAUUGGGGAGCAUGUUCGAAGGUCCGGCGGUAUUGGCUCCAUCUUUUACAGGGCAAGAAGCUGUGCUGGACUUUCUGUUGAGAGCCGCGAAGAAAUUACUAGUUGAGAAAGAAGCGGAUUAA